GACCUUCACAUCACUAUUCCUUUACAUCUCUGACACUGUGUUCGUGUGGUGCACGGUUUAAUUAAAAACCAUCGCAUCCUGCUGCUGCUUCGCUUUCAUAGCUUCAUGUGAAAACACAUGCACUAGACUUCAAAGUGCAUCCCUCACUGAUUAAGUGAAUUCUUGUUUAAAUGCAUGUGUCACACAUACUGACGUUGGACAGCUGUGUCGCCUCCUGAAAUAUCCUCAGCCUCUUUGCUGACAAAGUUACUGACAUUCCCUAACAUCACGGUUCAGGGAUGAACCAGAGAAGGUUGGUGUAAAACAAAUCCUUCCUUCCACAGGCAUGUUGACAUCUGAUUCCAAUAAAGAUAUGUUUUUUUGUCGUAUGCUGACAAUUUUGUGUGUUCAAGUUAAAUGGGCUAAAUGAUGAUGUAGGCCACAGAGGUAGGAGGACCAGGAGGGGCUCAGAGAAUGACUACAAUGAGGAAGUUCCCUGGAUACACGUGCUGCAACAGACGACUCUUGGUACACAUUCCACCACAGAGGGGUCAUGAGAGCAGAUUCCACGGUGCCUGUCUGAGGGGGGAGAGGCUGCUGGGUCCAUCCUCUUUUCAGGCCCCGACAGCAGCUGCUCUGCCUGGCUUGGGCGCAACAGUGACCUCACACCCCGGAGAUAUUUUAAAGGGUGCCAGUCAGCAUGAGCUCUGAGUAGGUAGGAGCUCGACAAGUGCAGUUUUAACACAUCUGCUGCACAAUGUUCGAGAGAUCCGAGGGAGAUCCAGCAGUGGUGUAAGAAAAAGUAUCUACUUGCAAGUUGGUCGGUUUUCAGAGCCCCUUAGUGGGAAAUGAUACGUUAGACAUCUCUUUCUUUCCUUUUCUGUUUCUUGUUUCUUGCAAUGCUGCGGCAUUGCCCUAUUCCCCGUUUCUCGUCAUCCGGCGCUCAGAGAAAGAUGCCGAAUGUUUCCUGUAACAAAGAGAAGACUCUACACGUUCCGCCAGAGAGCCAGGCACUCAACCCGGCUGAUUCUAAAGACAUCGCCACGGAAUCACUACCUCCUCAGAAAGUACUCAAGAUAUUCAGCAUCAACAUCAUUGCUCAGGGUUUGCCUUUCUAUCGUAGACGGAUGAAGAGAAAGUUGGACCAUGGUCCCGAGGUCCGAUCUUUCCCUUCAGGAAAAAAGCCCUGCAAAGGUCCAGAGUAUCCGAGCCCGACGGGAAUUGUCCCAUGUCCGGCCACACCCACCACAUUUGGCCACAUCAGAACAGCCAAUGGUCAGGGGCAACAGAGACGACGUAUCACCUCAAUCCAGCCACCCACGGGUCUCCAGGAAUGGCUCCGAACAUUUCAGAGCUGGACUGGCCCAGAGAAGCUGCUGGCGCUGGAUGAGUUGAUUGACAGCUGUGAGCCCACACAAGUGAAGCAUAUGAUGCAGGUGAUCGAGCCGCAGUUUCAGCGAGACUUCAUCUCCCUGCUGCCCAAAGAACUGGCUUUAUACGUGCUGUCAUUCCUGGAACCGAAGGACCUCCUCCAAGCAGCACAGACGUGUCGCUACUGGCGCAUCCUUGCAGAAGACAACCUGCUGUGGAGGGAGAAAUGCAGGGAAGAGGGUAUCGAUGAGCCCCUUACCCUGAAGAAGAGAAAAAUUGUCAAGCCUGGCUUCACUCACAGCCCCUGGAAGAGUGCCUACAUCAGGCAGCACAGAAUAGACACUAACUGGAGGAGAGGGGACCUCAAAUCACCUAAGGUGCUCAAAGGCCACGAUGACCAUGUGAUCACCUGCCUCCAGUUCUGUGGCAAUCGCAUCGUCAGCGGCUCUGACGACAACACGCUGAAAGUCUGGUCAGCUAUCACAGGAAAGUGUCUGCGGACAUUGGUGGGCCACACAGGGGGCGUGUGGUCAUCCCAGAUGCGAGACAACAUUAUCAUCAGCGGCUCGACUGAUCGCACACUCAAGGUCUGGAACGCAGAGACGGGAGAAUGUAUCCACACCCUCUAUGGGCAUACCUCAACAGUGCGCUGCAUGCACCUACAUGAGAAAAGGGUGGUCAGUGGAUCUCGUGAUGCCACGCUGCGCGUCUGGGACAUUGAUUCAGGUCAGUGUUUACACGUCCUCAUGGGCCACGUGGCGGCAGUGCGCUGCGUCCAGUAUGACGGGCGACGGGUGGUCAGCGGUGCCUACGACUUCAUGGUGAAAGUUUGGGACCCCGAGAUGGAGACCUGCCUCCACACGCUGCAAGGCCACACAAACAGAGUGUACUCAUUACAGUUCGAUGGGAUCCACGUCGUGAGCGGCUCAUUGGAUACGUCUAUAAGGGUCUGGGACGUGGAGACGGGCAACUGCAUCCACACGCUAACGGGCCACCAGUCCCUCACCAGUGGCAUGGAGCUCAAAGACAACAUCCUGGUCUCAGGCAAUGCAGACUCCACCGUCAAGAUCUGGGAUAUCAAGACUGGCCAGUGCCUCCAAACACUGCAAGGUCCUCACAAGCACCAGAGCGCCGUGACGUGCCUCCAGUUCAACAAGAACUUUGUCAUCACCAGCUCGGACGAUGGCACGGUCAAACUGUGGGACCUGAAGACCGGUGAGUUCAUCCGUAACCUGGUGACUCUGGAAAGUGGCGGAAGCGGCGGUGUGGUGUGGCGCAUCCGGGCCUCCAACACCAAGCUGGUGUGCGCGGUUGGUAGCCGCAACGGCACAGAGGAGACCAAGCUGCUGGUCCUGGACUUUGACGUAGAUAUGAAGUGAGAGGGAGCACGGUGGGGAAGGUCGAAGAGAGCGAACCGCACAGGAAGGAGUAGAGAGGGAAUGGAGACCUGGAAACUGGAGAGCCAACAUCCAAAUGCUAGAACCACAACCACCAACAGUGGGCUGUCCUGUCCUCUACCAUCAUCUUCCCACGUCCCCCCCCCUGCUUUUUUGGGCAAAUGUUACUGACAAAGAGACACACCCUCACCUGUUCAGCCCCUGCUUUUGAGCCCCUUCCACCAGCACAAGGUGGAGCCUAAAGGGGGAUCGGGUUGGAAACGAGGCGAGGAGGGCGGAGCACGACUGGUCUGUCCCUUGAUUGGCUGUGAGAAAGAAGAGAAAGAGGGGGAAAAAAAGAGGAACGGCCGAAAAUGACUGAACUCUUUUGAAGUGACUCUCAAUCCUUUCAGUUUGGGGGCAGCUUCACUCAGAGACUUAGUUUCGCUCAAGCCUGACAGAUUUUGACAUGUACAGAGAUAUAUUAUUUUUUAAAAGCCCCUCCCACCCUCUGUAACCCCCUCCCAUCAGUGUGCCCACCCCCCCCCCCCAAAAAAAAAAAAAAAGACAAACACACACAUACACUCAAAAGGCUGACCGGAAAGUGGGAAACGUUGACCGUAGGUUAAGGCUGAGAAAGGUGGAUUUUCCACACCUAAAGAGCUGCUCGGUGUAGCCUGUUCAGGCUAGUUUCUCGUCACUCCAUUUCUGUUCCUGUUUGUUUCUCCCCUUCUGUAGUCUGAUUUCUUUAAAAUACCGCACACAAACACAACUGUGAAUUUCAACACCUCUUUGGUUUAUCAUAUGAAAGGUUUUGUUUUUUCCGCCUUUUCUCACUGUUGCCAACAGCAACAAAUCCCAGUAUUAGAAACCUGCCCUGUUUAGGUUUGCCAUCUUUGUCACAAGGGUUUAUUUUGUUUUGAUUUGUUUUCUUCCUUUCUGUUUUCUACAUACCUGGGUUCGGAGCGCCGUCUCCACAUGAACAUCAAUGCUGUCCAGAUUUUUCCAGAGUCUAGCUGGGGUGGUUUCCUCAAUGCCAGUGCUGUGACGAGAAGAAGAAAAGGUCCUUUGCUCUAGGCGCUGUGGAUUAAUGCCCCCCUGAACCCCACUCGUCCCCCUCCCUUCCCCUCUACCGUUUUCCCCCCCAGUGGCCAAACUGUAUUUAUGCUGCUAGAUGAAUGGGGAAAAAGAAAGAGAGAGAUGGAACUUUUACUUGCUGUGACGUUUUAGUCCCAGGCAAAAUUCCAAAUUGAACUCUAUGUUUGGACUUACAGAAACAAAAUAUGAGAAAAAAAGGUAACAUCCAGCUUUUUAUUUUCUGUUUUGUUUUUGCCACUGAAACUUGAGCCAAACGUGCCUCUACGAGGCCGAGAGGAGGGAGCGUGUCCGACAGAUACCGGCGGGGAGCGCCCGCAGAGAGGAAACAAGGGGAUGUACACUGUUGGCGUGCGUGCGUGCGUGUGCAUGAGUGCGUGUGUUUAGCGUGUUAAUGGGCAACUUGUAAACACAUUCCUUGGGACAAAGCUCUUUCGGCCUGUUCUUUGGGGAAAUGUACAAAUGCUGUUCAGACUGGCAAAGACAAAAAAAGCGAAAAUAUAAAAAAUAAAAAAAAAUCCUAGCAGAUGUAUCGAUUUUUAACAGGUGAAUGAAAGAACUGUCCAUAUCCGUGCGUGUGAUUGUUGUUCCGUUCAAAGAUGUCUGAAGCAACAGAGGAGACCAUCACAAGCAUCAACUGACAGGCGGAGCUGCCGGGAGUCUUAGUGUUACAUGUGUCACAGUCGAAAUCACCCAGACGGCCUCGCGGGUCGUCAUGGGGGGAGAAAUUUUAACAAAACAAAAAAAUCCCACAAAGGCAACAAAACAUGAACAGAAACAUUGUAGCCAAACAAAAACCGUCCCAAUCUCCAAGAGUCACAACUCAAGCUGAACUGUGAAAGUGGUAUAACACUGUAUAUUAAAAAAAAAAGAAAACAA